AGCAGCAGCCGCCGCCGCGGGCAGCGGAGCAGCAGCGGCCGGCGGGCAGCGGGGCCGCCUCCUCGCCGAGGGUCGCCCGCCCGCUCGCCCUCCCCGGGCCAUGGGCAGCCCCUGACCCCGCCGCAGCACCGGGUCCAAAAUGACGGUCAAAGCUGUAAAAAUGCCGUGCACCUCUGCAAACGUUUAUACUAAAGUGCCUGACGGAGGAUGGGGCUGGACAGUUGCUUUUGCAUUCUUUGUUGUGGAAGCCCUGACAUACGGCAUCAUAAAAUCAUUUGGAGUCUUCUUCAAUGAUCUGAUGGAAAGCUUUGACGAAACCAACAGCAGGAUAUCAUGGAUAAUAUCCAUAUGUGUGUUUGUGCAGACCUUCACAGCUCCUCUGUCGACGGUGCUCAGCAACCGCUUCGGUCACCGCUUGGUGGUGAUGGCCGGGGGGCUGCUCAUCAGCACCGGGAUGGUCAUCGCCGCCUUCGCCCGCUCUGUCGUGGACAUGUAUGUCACCAUCGGCAUCAUCUCCGGCCUUGGAUACUGCCUCUCCUUCCUCCCGACUGUCACCAUUUUAUCACAGUAUUUUGACAAAAGGCGCUCGCUGGUCACAGCAGUGGCAUCUACAGGGGAGUGUUUCGCCGUCUUCUCCUUCGCACCAGCAAUCACAGCUCUGAAGGAGCAGAUUGGCUGGAGAUACAGCCUGCUUUCUGUCGGGGUGCUGCAGCUUGGCAUCACCGUCUGCGGGUCGCUGCUGCGACCCAUCAUCAUCAAAGAGCAAGAAGAAGUGAAAGCACAGCCUCCAGAAGAGUCCACCGAGACAAAGUACAUGCUUGAAAAUGAGCAAACAUGCACCUCAAUAGAGUCCAUAGACUCAGGAGUCGAUAUAACUACCUCACCCAGCAAUGUGCCUGGAAAAACCAAAGCAGAGCCGAAAAGUGAAGAACCAAAGCAACACGGACAGAUUCCCGUUGAAAAUAACAGCACCCCUCCAGAACCAAAAACCAAACUACUGGACUUCUCUGUGAUGAGAGACUAUAGCUUUAUCUGUUAUGCAUUCUUUGGCCUGUUUGCAACCCUGGGCUUCUUCGCUCCCUCCCUCUACAUCAUCCCCCUGAGUCUCAGCCUGGGCAUCGGCAAGGACCACUCGGCGUACAUCCUGUCGGCCAUGGCCAUCGCCGAGGUCUUCGGGAGGAUUUUUGCUGGCUGGGUUCUCAACAAGAAGCCCAUCCGCAAGAUCUACAUCGAACUCAUCUGUGUCAUCCUGCUGUCUGUAGCAUUGUUUGCCUUCCCCUUUGCCUCCGAGUUCUGGGGCUUGAUGACAUGUAGCAUUUAUUUUGGGUUCAUGCUCGGCACGGUGGCGGGCACACAUAUUCCCCUCCUGGCAGAAGACGAUGUGGUUGGCAUUGAAAAGAUGUCUUCUGCAGCUGGAGUCUACGUCUUCAUUCAAAGCUUAGCUGGGUUGGCUGGACCACCCAUUGCAGGUGUCUUAGUGGAUACGACAAAGAACUACAGCUCAGCCUUCUACUCCUGUGCUGCUGGCAUGGUCCUGGGGGCUGUGUUUCUGGCCCUGGUGAGGCCGUGCAAGACUGGGCUGUGCCGCCGCCACCGCCACCACCAGCAGCAGCAGCAGCAGGUGGAGGAGAGCCCACCAGGGCCCCCACCAGAAUUACCAGAUGACUUUAUAGACAUGGAUAUUGGAAAAGCAGAAAAUUCAGGAAAAGGCUCUGACAGCGUGGUAUAAAAAAAAAAACAAAAACAAACUCUGUUCCUUUCUCCAUCUAAUGUACUCGGCGUAAGGCUGGGGAAAAUGUCAGCUCUGCUCCACGUUUUAAAACUACAUUCUAAAGGGAAUGUGAAAUUUUAAAUGUGAACAGUUGCUACCGACAACUUUUUUUUUUUUUUUUGUUAAAUAUUAGACAGAACUUUUUUAACCAACAAUGGAAAGCUCCAUAGAAAAUACGGAUAGCCACGUAAAAAUAACUCCUGUCUAGCAUGAAGAUGUGAUGCACACUCUUGCUUUCCUGAUAACAAGCAUAGGUAAAGGUUCAACUGAUCCCAUAAAUACUGACAACAGCAACAGCAGAAGCAGCUCAGCCUCUGACUGUCACCCAUCCCCUACCACAAAUUCCACACAGACCAGAAACCGAUGAUACGAACUGGAGACAAGCAUUUCAUACACCACCAGUAGCCAACUGAAUCUUCUGGAGGGAUACAGACUCAUGUUUUAGCUUUGAGGAGGAGGCUAGGCUAGAUAGCUGACACUUAGAAACCAUUGCUAAUGAUCUUAACUUGAAUGUCACAAAUGCUGGGAAAUCAAAGGCUCCGUGUCUCUUUAUGGCCAGUUUUUACUGCACGUAUUUUCCUGAGAUCAUUUUUCUUCUCCUGAUUGGGAUCCCUAGAACUGUUUUCUAUUGAUAGUCAGAUCUGAUGUACUGUUUCUAAUUUAACUAGUAUUUAUUAAUUUAUUCUGAGAUUGUUAAAGGAGGUUAGCUUAAAUAACUGGAGAGGAAAAAUGAUCUUCUGCAUAACGGAAAGCUGUCUUUACAUCAUUCUCUUCAAUGCCUAUCUUGUAUUGCUUGUGAAAUUGUUGGGGAAAUUACUUUUACAGCAUAAAGUGUAGCUGUUUUCAAUAGGUAAGUCUUAAGUAACCCAGUUAUUUAAAAAGGAAAAAAAAAUAAUAAACUACAGAUCCAGCAUCUCUUUCCACGGAAAAAGGCUCAGCAGGUGCCAGUGGACGUGGCACCACUGCAGAACCAGCCCACCCCGCAAGGAGGAUUUGGCCCAGUGUGUCUUAAUGUACCCAAAACCCUCGCUCACAGGUGCACCAGGAAACCUCUGCCUCACCCCCGAUGGAAUGUGGACCCCCACGUCACCCCCUCACUCCCCACAUCUGUGGGGUCACGGGGCGGCCGGGCCGAGCUGCACCCCCUUCCCCAGCUCUCCCUGCUCCCCCAAAAAAGGCAGCAAGAGGCUUUGUUUUGGUUUUUUUUUUUUGCUGCUGACAUCAGUGAGAAGCGAAGUGGAGCCUGUGCACCUCGAUGGCACGAAGGGAACAACAAAAGACAACGGAGGAGCUGUUCAUUUAGUCUUAACAGGAGAGAUUCCUGCUCACGGUGACACGAGCUUGCUUACCCCACCUAUAUGCAUCUUCUCGCCUCUAGGCAACUCAGGGGGACAAAUCAAAACAAGUCUGUUUCGGUUUGGAAGGAAAGCCAAACCACCAUUUCUGUGUAUUUCAAGUGGAAGUGGCAUCAUCCAUUAACUGCUACGCUGACCUGUCUGUGUUUUACCAGCCAUAAGAAAUGUGGGACAAUCUGUGUAAAAAA